AUGAAUUCAUUUGCUGCUUGUAUGCUCCCAAUUCUUCUGUUGUUUUCCUUGAAUAUUGUUCGAGGAGAAGUGCGAUUUAAUUCCAGGUGUGUAGAUGUGUCAAUGACAUGCAAAUACCAUGAGAAAUUUUGUUCUAAACCAACAUAUGCUGGUCUUAUGUUCAGCAUAUGUAGAUUUACUUGUGAUUGGUGUCAAAAGUCACUGAACGAUGUCACAUAUUCGAAUCGUAGACGCUUCGCAGAAGUACCAGAUGACAUUCGAGAGUGGCUCACAGUCAACCCUUCUUCUCCGAGAGAUGUCGAAGGGAGCACUGGUAUUGUCCCUAGCUGCGUGGAUACUUCCAGAUCAUGUUCAUUAACUGUAUCCCUAUGUGAAUCAGCCAGCUAUCAGAGUAUUAUGGCGAAGAAGUGUAAAAAAACUUGUGGUCUUUGUGAAUAA